AUGACAGUUAACAAAUUUUGGAUAUAUGCUCAAGCAGAAUUUCCUGAAAUAUCUAUAAAAGCCAUAACAAUUUUACUACCAUUCUCCACAUCAUAUCUAUGCGAACAAGGAUUCUCAGCAGUCACAACAAUGAAAAGUGAAAAAAGAGAACGACUUAGAUCCGUAGAAGAAGAACUGAGAGUUAGCUUGUCGACUGUUCGUUCUAGAAUAAAACGUUUGUGCUCCACACGUCAAGCACAACAAUCUCAUUAA